ACUAUCUUGACCACGCAGGCGCAUUACAUUUCCAUGAGGAGAAAACAAAAAUGGCGGAAGAGCAGGAGCUGGCCCAGCUAGAGGCACUCUGUAAGCAGCUCUACGAGACCACAGAUGCAUCACUUAGAGCUGAAGCAGAGAAAGCACUAGUCAACUUUGCUGUCUCUCCAAGUUGUCUUAGCAAGUGCCAGUUGCUGCUUGAACGAGGAGAUUCUCCAUAUGCGCAGUUGCUUGCUGCAAGUACAUUAACAAAGCUUGUGUCAAGACCAAAUCAGAUACUUCCUCUGGAGCAAAGGGUUGACAUAAGAAACUAUGUUCUCAAUUACCUUGCAACAAGACCCAAGCUGCUCAAUUUUGUCACUGUUGCUUUGGUUCAGUUAUUUGCAAGGAUAACAAAACUUGGUUGGUUUGAUGUAAGCAAAGAUGAGUAUGUUUUCAGGAAUGUUAUAGAUGAUGUGGGCAAGUUUAUACAAAGUGGCAGCAGCCAACAUGUUAUGAUUGGUGUUCAGUUAUUGGCACAGUUGGUGUCAGAAAUGAACCAGGUUAGUGAGCACUGGCAGACCGAGAAUGACCUGUCUGAAGCCAGUCGCAGCCUCACAAAGCACAGGAAGACUGUCUCUUCCUUUCGUGACACCCAGCUUUUCCAGAUCUUCCAGUUGGCUUGUAGUUUGCUCAGGACAGCAGCAGGAAAUAUUAAAAAUCUGGACUUUGGGGAUGAUAGUCAGACUGGUUUAUUGAGUCACACCUUAAAGCUUACCUUAAACUGUCUGACAUUUGAUUUCCUGGGCACCUCUACAGAUGAGUCCUCAGACGAUCUUUGUACUGUGCAAAUACCCACAAGCUGGAGGUCAGCUUUCCUGGACUUCAGUACUUUGCAGCUGUUUUUUGACUUGUAUGCAAAUCUUCCACCUAGUUUAGCAUCUAUGGCCUUAGCAUGUUUAGUCAACAUUGCCUCAGUGAGGAGGUCAUUAUUUGAUAAUGUAGAGAGAGGCAAGUUUCUGAAUGAACUGGUAUCAGGGGUGAAAGCUGUGCUGGACAACCCACAGGGACUGUCAGAACCUGGGUCCUACCAUGAAUUUUGUAGAUUACUAGCUAGACUUAAAUCAAAUUAUCAACUUGGGGAGUUGGUGAAAGUUGACAAUUACCCUGAGAUCAUCAAAAAGGUUGCAGAGUUCACAGUAACUAGUUUACAGAUGUGGCAGUUUGCCCCCAACAGUAUUCACUAUCUGCUCAGUCUGUGGCAGAGGAUGGUGGCCUCGGUGCCCUAUGUUAAGGCUACAGAACCCCACCUGCUGGAGACGUAUACACCAGAGGUGACCAAGGCAUACAUCACAUCUAGGCUGGAGUCUGUGGCUGUUGUAUUAAGGGAAGGAAUAGAAGAUCCACUUGAUGACCAGGGACUGGUUUCCCAACAAUUAGACCAGUUAUCAACAAUUGGUCGGUGUGAAUAUGAGAAGACAUGUACAUUGCUUGUUACAUUGUUUGAUGAGGCUGCCAAUAAAUAUCAGGAGUUUGUGACAGCUGGGCAGAGAGGGUUCGAUAUUGCUGUUCAAGAAGGCCGCCUAACGUGGCUUGUAUAUAUAAUUGGUGCUGUGAUAGGAGGACGUGUUUCAUUUGCUAGCACAGAUGAUCAUGAUGCUAUGGAUGGGGAGCUGGUUUGCAGGGUCCUUCAGCUAAUGAAUUUAACAGAUUCCCGUCUUGCGGAAAGAGGGUGUGAAAAAUUAGACCUGGCUAUGCUUAGCUUCUUUGAGCAGUUCAGGAAGAUUUAUGUUGGAGAUCAAGUACAGAAAACUUCCAAGGUAUAUAGAAGGCUGUCAGAGGUGCUUGGGCUUGGGGAUGAAUCUAUGGUGCUAAGUGUGUUUGUUGGGAAAAUAAUCACAAAUUUAAAGUACUGGGGUGGAAGUGAGCUGAUAAUCAACAAGACGUUACAGCUGCUCAGCGACCUGUCUGUGGGCUACAGCAGUGUGCGCAAACUAGUCAAACUAGAGGCUGUGCAAUUUGUUCUCAAUAGCCAUACAAGUGAGCAUUUCCCAUUCUUGGGCACUGCCAAUACAGGCACCAAUAGGAUCAAAGACAUGCGGUGCCGCACCAUCUUCUAUACAGCUCUGGGCCGCCUCCUCAUGGUGGACCUUGGGGAGGAUGAGGAAAGGUUUGAACUUUUCAUGAUGCCACUUACAGGUGCAUUUGAUGCAGUUGGCAACAUGUUGGCAGCAGCAGAAACCCCAAAUUUCAGGGAAGCAGAGGUCAAGAGAGCUUUGAUAGGCCUUGCCCGGGAUCUCAGAGGAGUUGCAUUUGCAUUUAACACAAAAACCAGUUAUAUGAUGCUCUUUGAUUGGGUUUACCCUACAUAUACUCCCAUAUUGUUACGGGCAGUUGAACUGUGGUACCAUGACCCAGCCGUGACCACACCAAUACUCAAACUCAUGGCAGAGCUAGCUCAGAACAGAUCUCAAAGAUUACAGUUUGAUGUCUCUUCGCCAAAUGGGAUUUUGUUGUUCAGAGAAAUCAGCAAAAUUAUGGUGGCCUAUGGUUCACGUAUACUUAGUCUUGGAGACAUCCCCAAAGAUCAAAUGUAUCCAAUGAAGCUGAAGGGCAUUUCUAUUUGCUUUAAUAUGUUAAAGGCAGCAUUGUGUGGUGGUUAUGUGAAUUAUGGCGUCUUCAGGCUCUAUGGGGAUGAUGCUCUGGAGAACGCUUUGCAAAUGUUUGUGAAGCUUCUGUUGUCAAUACCCCAAGGAGACCUUUUGGAUUACCCAAAACUCAGCCAAACUUACUAUGGCCUUUUAGAAUGCAUAGCACAAGACCACAUGACAUUCAUAAGUAAUUUAGAGCCCCAAGUCUUUCUGUAUAUCUUAUCCACAAUAUCUGAUGGGCUCACAGCAUUAGAUACAAUGGUUUGUACAGGUUGCUGUGCAGUCCUGGACAACAUUGUUACUCAUCUGUUUAAACGCCUCACCAAAAAGCACAAGAAACCCCACCCACAUCAGGUUGGAGACAGUGAAACCUUCCUUAGAGUUCUGGAGUUACAUCCAGAUAUAUUACAACAGAUGCUUUCUACAGUUUUGAAUAUCAUCAUGUUUGAGGACUGCAGGAACCAGUGGUCUAUGUCCAGGCCUCUUUUAGGUCUCAUACUGCUCAAUGAAGAAUAUUUCAACAAACUGCGAGACAAUAUUAUUUCCAGCCAGCCAGCAGACAAGCAGCAAGCAAUGGCACAGUGCUUUGAAAGCCUAAUGGAUGGCAUUGAAAGGUCUUUGCUGACCAAAAAUAGGGAUAGGUUUACACAGAAUUUAUCAGUUUUCCGUCGCGAUGUCAAUGACUCACUGAAAGCACCUACAUCAAAUGUUACUUCCUUGAAUGACAUGAUGAGUUAACACUUGGCAAUGUGGAUAUAUUCCAUCGGAUACAGUGGUUAAGGUGAUCUUGAAGACGGGGCUCUGGAGUAACGUCAAGAAUACUGAGAGCAUUCUGUUCGAUGCCAAAAUCAUGGAAGGAAGAGAAUCAUCCGCAGAGGGGUUAUGAAGCAGUGCAUUUAAUAAGCACCACAUCCCAAGAAUGAACAUAUGGUUGCUGGUGUUUUUCUUUUUGAUGCCAAAGUCAAUGAAAGAAUAGAUUUGUCAUCACAACAGUCGUUUAACAGAUGCCCGAGAUAGGAAAUAAAAACACUUCCACAAAGAAAGCAGUUCAAUGUAGCAGUUUUAAUAAUAGGAGUGUUGUUCCUUGAUCCAAAAUCAUGGAAAUGCUUUGAAAAAAUUAAUAAGGUUUUGAAGAAUGAAUUCUUUGCUACAAUGUUUAUGAAAUACAGAAAAUCAAUGUCUUAUUUGAUUCUUCUUGUGUAAGGAGGCAUUAAUUCUUAUUGGGGGAAAAACCCACUGAUCUAGAAGACGUAUAAUACAGGAAAUGCCAAAUUUUCAUGGUUCCUUAAGAGCCCUGGUGCACUUUGUAUUCAUGCCAAUGGUGAAAUGAAAGAAGAUAUAAGAUUGUAUUUGUUCCAUGUAGUGCUUACCAGUGCUUGAGACAGAGACCCAAAUAGCCUUUCCAAUCCAAUAGAAAUGUGGGAUAUUGUCAUGGAAUGCUAACUCUGACUCAUCUGAAAUCUUUUAAAGACUUGCUUAUCAAGAGGGAAACAAUUUCUGAGUGCAUGAAGAAGGGUUGCAUUAUAAAUGUUGAUUCAAAAUGUCUCGUGGAGUGAUUGGGCCAACAUGUAAUAGUUGAGGUUAUCUGCAGUUGGUGACACUGUCAUAAGCUUGUGGAUGUAUUAUACAUUCAGAACUGUAUGUGAAUGCAUGUAAAUGAAGGAUGCAAACACAAUGCUAAACAUUCCGAGAUUUUGUUGUCCUACUAAAAGAAGCCUAGUUUGAAAGAGUAAUGAAUACUUUUAAAAAAGUAUAGAGUAUUUGCAUGCCUUUCAGCAUUUCAGUAACUGCCUGUUUAUAUCUUGAGUAGUUUGAAUUUAAGAAAAGGUAUGGUUUUACAAGAUACAGUCAACAACUCGUGUUCAUUUCAGUCUUAGUGGAUUGCUGAUAUGAAAUUCAAUCACUGACAUCUCAUUUUAAUAGUGCUAGUAGUAAUUGCAUUAGCUAUUCCAUUUCAAAUGACAUCAUUUCAUCAGCUAUCACUACAUUUUCAUAAUUGGAACUUGAUCAAUUGGAGAAAACUUAUCUAAUGAUGAUGUUUUACACUGCCAUAUUGAAUUAUAGUUUCUGUUGAUGAAUUAGUGGGCAUUGCUUUAUAACAGUAGGCUUGGGAUGAAAAGCGCAGAAGGAUAUGAAAUUUGAUUUCAGGGGAAAUGUCAGUUAAGAUAACAAUCUUGACUUCUAGAUUUCAUCUCUGGAAAAAAUUGUCUAUUUUUUUGCAAAGCUCUAUAGUCUACCCUCUGUACAGAAUUACCAGUGGUUGGUUGGUGGACACUUUAAAGGUCACAAUUCUCUAUCAAGACAUCAAUGUGGUUUCAACAGAAUAGGUAUUGGGUCCCUCACAAAGAAUUAUGCCAGAUGAUGCCCCUGGGUUGUUUUGUUGGAAGCAAUAAAUACUGUUGACGGUUGUAUUGAGAGUGAUGUGGCAACAAAAAGUCUGUAUUCUGUGGAUGGAACAGUUUUGCAAAGGGUCAAGCUUCUGAACUUUGUUUAUA